AUGCCCAUGUCACUCCACGUCAGGUCAGUUCUCCAACGCUUAAUAGACAAUCAACUUUACGCCAAGCUCCAGAAAUGCGAGUUCCACAAGACCCAAGUGGCUUACUUAGGAUACAUCAUCAGUGCGGAGGGGGUAACGAUGGACGAGCACAAGGUCAAAGCAGUCGUGGAGUGGCCACGCCCCUCCACUGUCAAGGAGUUACAACGUUUUCUGGGCUUCUCGAAUUUCUAUCGAAGAUUCAUCCGCAAUUUUAGUCUUGUUGCAGCUCCUCUCACUUCACUAGUUAAAGGAAUUCACAUCGCCUAUCGUGGUCACCCGACAGUAUCAAGCAUUCAACCUACUCAGGAUAAGUUCACUUCCGCCCCGAUACUCCAUCACCCAGACCCCAACCGGGAGUUCAUAGUCGAGGUGGAUGCAUCAAAUGUAGGCAUCGGAGCCAUUUUGUCUCAACGUCACGGGCACCCAGCAAAACUUUACCCCUGUGCCUACUAUUCUCGUAAACUCAACUCAGCGGAGCGCGCAACUAUGAUGUGGGAGAUAGAGAGCUCCUCGCGAUGA